CUCCUCUCCCAGCCACGUGUCCCAAAGCAGCUCCUUGGACAAGGUUCGUCUGGACGGGGACAAGUUUGUACCUCCGGCCACCCGUAAGGUGGAGAUGAAACGAGAUCCAGUCCUGGGCUUUGGCUUUGUGGCAGGCAGUGAGAAACCAGUGGUGGUUCGGUCAGUCACACCAGGUAAACACACCAGCCCACCUGUAAACCAAUCACCAUUGCAUAUAUAUAUAUAUAUAUAUAUAGCCAUUAGCAACAGGAAGUAAGAUGUAGUACUAUACUGUAUAUCCAAUGGUGACCAGAUGACAAAAGAUGGCGACCAAUGGGUGAUGAUGACAUCCAAUGAAAGCCUGUGUUAUAUUAAUUGACCAUGCACUUUAGGGUACUUCAUAAAUUAGUUAAACCUAAGCCUAAAGGCCAGAGUACAAUGGAUUCAGAAAACAAAGAUGAAUUACUAGCUAGAAACAUUGUUAAUUGGUACCACUGUGGUUCCCUGUGUGUUGGUAGGGGGUCCCUCGGAGGGCAGACUGACCCCCGGAGACGAGAUCAUCAUGAUUAACGAUGAGCCGGUCAGCUCCGCCCCCAGGGAGAAGGUCAUCGACCUCGUCAGGUACAGGAACUCAAACUUCUCUGAUAAACCUGCCGAGUUUAGAUGGGAUUUAUGUUUGUACUGUAGCCCAGUUCUUUCCUGGAACAUUGUGACGUCAAGCUGUGUGUGCUUUGCGUGGCUGAGUCAUUUUCAUCACUAGUGCGUCAUUAGACAGUAAAUGUCUGUAUGAAUCCAUGAAUGCCUGUUUAAAUUGGAUAACUAACUAAAAGAAACAAACAGUGAACGUUAUACUUUUAGGAUAAUUCCCUCUGUAUAGUUUCAAUGUCAACACCAAUAAUAAUGUGUAGGUACAUGUAGACAGCUUUUAGCCCACUGCUGCACCAUGCGGGUCCAACCGUAUACUAGUGGGAAUUAUUUCCAUGCGUCUUAUUAGAUUGAUGUGUUUGACUCAGUUGAGUGAGUGAGUGAGUGAGUGAGUGAGUGAGUGAGUGAGUGAGUGAGUGAGUGAGUGAGUGAGUGAGUGAGUGAGUGAGUGAGUGAGUGGCUGAGUGGCUGAACGGUCAGAGUCCUCUCAUGACCAACAGUACAUGUUGUGUAUGUAAACUUCUGACCCACUGGGAAUGUGAUGAAAGAAAUAAAAAGCUGAAAGAAAUAAUUCUCUCUACUAUUAUUCUGACAUUUCACAUUCUUAAAAUAAAGUGAUGAUCCAAACUGACCUAAGAAAGGACAUUUUUACUAGGAUUAAAUGUCAGGAAUUGUGAAAAACUGAGUUUCAAUGUAUUUGGCUAAGGUGUAUGUAAACUUCUGAAUGUUGUGUAGUGGGUCUGUACAGCAGAUUAUAUGACAAUAAGGAGUCCAGUUACUGCUCCCAUGGCCUUGCAGUGUGCUGUUUCUCAGCAGUAAACCACUGUACCAAUACAGAAUUAACGGCCAGGCUUGAGUUAUCGCUAGAACAGAUUGCCGUAACACUUUAUUUAGAGACCGUCUCUAGAUGCUCUACAGACUAUCUACAAACUAUCAGUAACAUUUCAACUAACUAUCUACUAACCCUAACCCUAAACGUAACCCUUACCCUAAACUUAACCAUUACCCCUAACCCUUAUUCUGAACCUAACCCUAACUGUAACCUUAGGAAGCAGUUAUCAACAGAUACACUACAUUACCAAAAGUAUGUGGACACCUGCUCGUAUUACGUCUCAUUCCAAAAUCAUGGGCAUUAAUAUGGAGUUGGUCCCCCCCUUUGUUGCUAUAACAGCCUCCACUCUUCUGGGAAGGCUUUCCAGUAGAUGUUGGAAUAUUGCUGCGGGGACUUGAUUCCAUUCAGCCACAAGAGCAUUAGUGAGGUCUGGCACUGAUGUUGGGCGAUUAGGCCUGGCUUGCAGUCUGCGUUCCAAUUAAUCCCAAAGGUGUUCGAUUGGGUUGAGGUCAGGGCUCUGUGCAGACCAGUCAAGUUCUUCCACACCGAUCUCGACAAACCAUUUCUGUAUGGACCUCGCUUUAUGCACGGGGGCAUUGUCAUGCUGAAACAGGAAAGGGCCUUCCCCAAACAGUUGCCACAAAGUUGGAAGCACAGAAUCAUCUAGAACGUCUUGCUUCCGGACAAGCUAAACACCUUCUUCGCCCAUUUUGAGGAUAACACAGUGCCACCGACGCGGCCCGCUACCAAGGACUGUGGGCUCUCCUUCUCCGUGGCCGACGUGAGUAAGACAUUUAAGCAUGUUAACCCUCGCAAGGCUGCCGGCACAGACGGCAUCCCUAGCUGCGUCCUCAGAGCAUGCGCAGACCAGCUGGCUGGAGUGUUUACGGACAUAUUCAAUCUCUCCCGAUCCCAGUCUGCUGUCCCCACUUGCUUCAAGAUGUCCACCAUUGUUCCUGUACCCAAGAAAGCAAAGGUAACUGAACUAAAUGACUAUUGGUCCGUAGCACUAACUUCUGUCAUCAUGAAGUGCUUUGAGAAGCUAGUUAACCUCUUAAGGAUCUGACCCUUUUUUUCAAUUUUCGUCUAAAAUGACAUACCCAAAUCUAACUCCCUGUAGCUCAGGACCUGAAGCAAGGAUAUGCAUAUUAUUGGUAUCAUUUUAAAGGAAAAACUUUGAAGUAUGUGGAAAUGUUAAAUUAAUGUAGGAGAAUAUAACACAUUAGAUCUGGUAAAAGAUAAUACAAACAAAAAAACAUGCGUUUUCUAUUUUAAUUUUUUUUAUCAUUAGCUUAUACACUAACUUGAUGGAUGAUGGAUGAUUAGCGUAUACACUAACUUUCACACAUCUAGAUGGCCGGGUGGGGUGGGUGUGGAGCCACAGACAGCAGGGGUUCAAACUGUAGAACCCAGUUCCUACAUUUGAAUAUAAAAAUAGAUUUUUUCAAAAACAAAAUACGCUACAUUUUAUCUCUGGGACCCUUAGGAUGACAAAUCAGAGCAAGAUUACUGAAUGUAAGUACAUUAUUUAGAAGUGAAUGUAUCAAACCAGUUGCCGUGAUACGUUUUUUGUUGAUGUGCACUCUCCUCAAACAAUAGCAUGGUAUUUUAAUUUAAGCUUUUUUAAUUUUAUUUAAGCUUUCAUGCCCAUAUAAGACAUGUCUAUGUCCUGGAAAGUUUGCUGUUACUUACAACAGUCAUGCUAAUCACAUUAGCGCAUGUUAGCUCAAACGUCCCAUAUACGGGACACCGAUCCCGUAAAGGUUAAGGAUCAUAUCACCUCUACCUUACCUGACACCCUAGACCCACUUCAAUUUGCUUACCUCCCCAAUAGAUCCACAGACAAUGCAAUCGCCAUUGCACUGACCACUACCCUAUCCCAUCUGGACAAGAGGAAUACCAAUGUAAGAAUGCUGUUCAUUGACUAUAGCUCAGCCUUCAACACCAUAGUACCCUCCAAGCUCAUCAUUAAGCUCAGGGCCCUGGGUCUGAACUCCGCCCUUUGCAACUUGGUCCUGGACUUCCUGAUGGGCUGCCCCCAGGUGGUGAAGGUAGGAAACAUCACCAUUUCGCUGAUCCUCAACACAGGGACCCCACAAGGGUGCAUGCUCAGCCCCCUCCUGUUCUCCCUGUUCACCUAUGACUGUGUGGCCAAGCAAGCCUCCAACUCAAUCAUCAAGUUUGCAGACGACACAACAGUAGAAGGCCUGAUUUCCAACAAUGACGAGGCAGCCUACAGGGAGGAGGUGAGGGCUCUGGGAGAGUGGUGCCAGGAAAAUAUCCUCUCACUCAACGUCAACAAAAUGAAGGAGCUGAUCGUGGACUUCAGGAAACAGCAGAGGGAGCACGCCUCUAUCCACACUGACGAGACCGCAGUGGAGAAGGUGGAAAGCUUCAAGUUCCUCUGCGUACACAUCACUGACAAACUGAAAUGGUCCACCCACACAGACAGUGUGGUGAAGAAGGCACAACAGUGCCUCUUCAACCUCAGGAGGCUGAAGAAAUUUGUCUUGGCCCCUAAAACCCUCACAAACUUUUACAGAUGUACAAUUGAAAGCAUCCUGUCGGGCUGUAUCAUCGCUUGGUAUGGCAACUGCACUGCCCGCAACCGCAGGGCUCUCCAGAGGGUGGUAUGGUCUGCCCAACGCAUCACUAGGGGCACACUACCUGCCCUCCAGGACACCUACAGCACCCGAUGUCACAGGAAAUACAAAAAGAUAAUCAAGGACAUCAUCUACCCGAGCCACGGCCUGUUCAUCCCGCUAUCAUCCAGAAGGCAAGGUCAGUACAGGUGCAUCAAAGCUGGGACCGAGAGACUGAAAACAGCUUCUAUCUCAAGGCCAUCAGACUAUUAAAUAGCCAUCACUAGCCGGCUACCACCUGGCUACUCAACCCUGCAACUUAGAGGCUGCUGCCCUGUAUACAUAGACAUGGAAUCACUGGCCCCUUUAAUAAUGGAACACUACUCACUUUAAUAACAUUUACAUACUGCUCUACUCAUCUCAAAUGUAUAUGCUGUAUUUUAUUCUACUGUAUUUUAAUGCUACCCCGACAUUGCUCGAUCUAAUAUUUAUAUAUUUCUUAAUUCCAUUAUUUUACUUUUAGAUUUGUGUGUAUUGUUGUGAAUUGUUAGAUAUUACUGCACUGUUGGAGAUAGGAACACAAGCAUUUCGCUACACCCGCAAUAACAUCUGCUAAAUAUGUGUAUGUGACCAAUAAAAUUUGAUUUGAUUUGAUUUGAAUGUCAUUGUAUGCUGUAGCGUUAAGAUUUCCCUUCACUGGAACUAAGGGGCCUAGCCCGAACCAUAAAAAACUGCCCCAGACCAUUAUUCCUCCUCCACCAAACAUUACAGUUGGCACUAUGCAUUUAGGCAGGUAGUGUUCUCCUGCCAGAUGGUGAAGAAUGAUUCAUCGCUCCAGAGAACGCGUUUCCACUACUCCAGUCCAAUGGGUUCGAGAUUUACACCACUCCAGACGACGCUCAGAAUUGCGCAUUGUGAUCUUAGGCUGCUCGGCCAUGGAAACCAAUUUCAUGAAGCUCCCGAUGAACAGUUCUUGUGCGUUCAGCACUCGGCGGUCCCGUUCUGUGAGCUUGUGUGACCUACCACUUCGCGGCUGAGCCGUUGUUGCUCCUAGAUGUUUCCACUUCACAAUAACAGCACUUACAGUUGGCCGGGGGCAGCUCUAGCAGGGCAGAAAUUUGACAAACUGACUUGUUGGAAAGGUGGCAUCCUAUGACAGUGCAAUGUUGAAAGUCACUGAGCUCUUCAGUAAGGCCAUUAUAUGGAGAUUGCAUGUCUACGUGCUCAAUUUUAUAUACCUGUCAGCAACGGGUGUGGCUGAAAUAGCCAAAUCCACUAAUUUGAAAGGGGUGUCCACAUACUUUUGUAUAUAAAGUGUAGUUUGUUGAUAGUAUGACCAUCUAUAGAGCAUCUACAGAUGGACUAUCCAGACUAUCCAAAUAACGUGUGGCCCAGAUUGCUCAUCUUGUUAGCCCAUCUUCGUAGGUUUAUUUCUAACAGUCAUAAUCUGCCCACUGUAGGAGAAACAAUGCCUGACUCAGAGUUGAUUAAUCGACUUCUGCUGAAUUUGACAUAUUUAUCUUUUCAAUCUAUAAUGAUGUUUUUGGCUGGUUUGUGUUGUAUUUCCUUUCUGUAGGAGCUGCAAGGAAUCCAUUGUGUUGACAGUGGUUCAACCGUAUCCAGUAAGUCUCACUCCCAGAUUCAGAGCAAACUCCUGGGGAACAGAUUUCAAUAGACUGUUUGUCUGCGAUGCUGAUUAGUUUGUUGACUCUGUGAAUCCGAGACAAUCCGAGACAUGAAACGUGUGACCAUAUGUCUGUCAAUGUGUAGUAACAGGCAGGACACUGCUGAGUGUUCCCCUGGUUAACUCACUGGGACUCCAGCCCAAACGGUGAAUACUGAACAUGGUCCAAGUCCUCUCAUGGUUGCUUCAAACCCUAGCAUGAGACCCCAGGUUAACGUGAACCUGCCAUGUCAACAGUUGUUAGGACUAGGGAGGACUAUGUGGUGAUGGAUUCAAUGCCACAGUAACAGCUAUUGCGAAUGUCAGUGGUAUGAUUUGUAGAAUAGGUCAAUGAGAUGGAUGUGUAUUGUCAUCACCAGAAUAGACAAUGAUUUGAUUUUGAUUUUGUCUAUUGUGCUGUGUGUUCAAGCUCUAGCAGAAAUCACACUGUGUUGUAACCUGGCUUUAGGAAGCACAUUUCAGAAGUAACUGUAGAGAAAACAAUAGUGGUUUAUGUAUUAAAAAAGUAGCAAUUACAUCCAGAAAGGCUGCACAAAAGUUUUAAAACGUAUUAAAUUGAGAGAGAGAGAGAGAGAGAGAGAGAGAGAGAGAGAGAGAGAGAGAGAGAGAGAGAGAGAGAGAGAGAGCUGAUUUUCUGUGACUUUUCUGAAGGGGAAGACCUGUUGACAACAGUUGUUUUUAUUCUAUUUCUCCCUCCCACCCCCACUCCUAGUCGCCCAAAUCUGCGUUCAUCAGUGCAGCCAAAAAGGCCAAGUUAAAGUCUAAUCCAGUGAAAGUCCGCUUCGCAGAGGAGGUCAUCAUUAACGGUCAGGUCCCGGUAAGACCUAGAGCACUGUACUAAAACAAUACAUCCCUCACUGUGUCAUGUCAUUGUAUACCAGUGUUCUCCAAAAGCCCAAAAGUAUGCACCAAUGAUAAUGACCUUGAAUCUUCUAAUAUUUCAAAAUACAUUACACUGUUAAACAGUAUUGGACGCAGUCGUGUUCUUCUUCACAUUGCCAUUACUGAUCGUUUUUCCCAUUAUCUUCCAUUUCACGGUGUAGCCUACUGAUCAAUAUGGAAGCUAUUGUAAUAAUCUCCAUUAUCUUCCCCCAUUUCACAGUGUAGCCUACUGAUCAAUAUGGAAGCUAUUGUAAUCAUCUUCAUUAUCUUCCCCCAUUUCACAGUGUAGCCUGCUGAUCAAUAUAGAAGCUAUUGUAAUCACCUCCAUUAUCUUCGCCCAUUUCACAGUGUAGCCUGCUGAUCAAUAUAGAAGCUAUUGUAAUCACCUCCAUUAUCUUCCCCCAUUUCACAGUGUAGCCUGCUGAUCAACAUGGAAGCUAUUGUAAUCACCCUCAUGAUCUUCCCCCAUUUCACAGUGUAGCCUGCUGAUCAACAUGGAAGCUAUUGUAAUCACCCUCAUUAUCUUCUUAUUUCCAGGAAUCUCUGAAGGACAACUCUCUACUCUUCAUGACAAAUGUUCUGAAGGUGUACCUGGAGAAUGGACAGACCAAAUCCUUUAAGUUUGACAGAAACACAUCCAUUAAGGUAUAGCACCCGGUGCCAUUCAUUAAGACAUUGUAAUGGUGAUAGUGAUUAAUUAAAAAAUGAUUUUUCUAUUUUUCUAUCAUUCAUAGGCCACUUAUAGAAAAGUUAAUUAUUUUGAUCACAGUAGCAUAUCGUAUUAUCUUUACUUAAUUAGGAUUCAGCAGGUGUCCAAAUGUUCCAUUGCACAAAGCACUCCCACAAAGACAUGUCAGCUGUAACUUAAUUUAAGUGUGAUGCAUGGAGAAGUAGGCCAGGGCUUUUUUUCUCAUAGAAAAAAACAUCUCAAAAGUGUACGGUUUUAAUCUGUGUAAUAUUGUGUAACGCGGCUGACAUAAUGUCAAGUUGUGCACUGUAUAAAUAUGAUUAUGGAUGUGAAAGAAAUCCUCCAUUUUGAAUAGCUUUUAUUGAGUAAAACCGCAUUUAUUUUUCCCAUUAUCUUAUUAGGAUAUGCAGCAUUCCAUAAUUGAAUUGUUUGCUUAAGAACACAUACCUGUUUAGCUAGGGUAUGUGUAACGCAAAUGAGUGCCUGACACAUACCAUGUUAAUAAUGAAUGUGUCUUCUGUCCGUGUGAAAGGAUGUCAUCUUGACCCUGCAAGAGAAGCUCUCCAUUAAGAGUAUUGAGCACUUCUCGCUGAUGCUGGAGCACAGAAACGAGGGCUCGGCCAGCAAACUCAUGCUCCUCCACGAGCAGGAGAUGUUAACUCAGGUGAGACGUCAUGGGGGGGGGGGGGGGUAACGACAGUGGAGCGGCCUCAUGCUCGGAUAGCCGACAGAUUGACAAUAUUAGGCCCUAAUACAGUGUAAUCAAAUAUGACCCGCCUUCUUUCUCACAGCCAGUGUGAAAUGAAGUCCCCGUGUAGCUCAGUUGGUAGAGCAUGGCGCUUGCAGCGCCAGGGUUGUGGGUUCGUUGCCCACGUGGGGCCAGUAUGAAAAUGUAUGCACUCACUAACUGUAAGUCGCUCUGGAUAAGAGCGUCUGCUAAAAUGACAAAACAUUUAAAUGUAAUGAGUGUUGGUGGGCGUGUGAUUGAAUGAUUGUAGAGGGAUUGUAUGUGAAAAUAAUGAUUGUAGGGUAACGGUGAACACGAUGCAGACCACCCCAUCAGACAGACUAUAGAUGAAAAUAAAGUACAAUGGGGUUGGAGUAUUGUUUCAUCACCUUUUUCUCAUUGUAAAUAUGUUAAUACAGUCAAAAAAUAAAAUAAAAUAAUUAAUAAUAUAUAUUCAAUAUAAAAAUGAAAAAUGUGUUGUUGUUUUUUUACCUUUUCAAUGAUUAACAUUCUGGUCUUACAUCAAUUUGUUAUAACAAAUGUGAGUUAUAAUUUUUUUUUUUACAUUGACGUUGUUUCUGGAAGCAUACAAAUGAGGAUAUAGAUUUUAAGGCAAUUUGAUAUUUUAUAGGUUUUGUAAUGAGUUUUUAAAAUAGAUAGUCAGCAUUUAAAUCGCAGUAUCUUUAAUCCAUUAUUCAUUAUUCAUGACAUUUCAUCACUAAAUGUUGAUUCCUUGUCCUGGCCUGGUGCCCUAGGCAACACAGAGACCAGGGGCACAGAAGAUGAAAUGCUUCUUCCGUAUCAGCUUUGUCCCGAAGGACCCCGUUGACCUCCUCAAGAGAGAUGCAGUGGCAUUUGAAUACCUCUAUGUUCAGGUGAGUCUCAGCACAUGGAAGACAACACUGCCUGAUGGAAAAGUAUCACGUUUGUUGUGUUAUCAAAAUGUUUAUUUUUGCAUGAUAUUCAUUGAUAUGUAUUUGGUAAGAUUCCUUAUAUAAACAUUAGCUCAGAAAAAUGUAAAUUAUCUGUUGUUGACUUGGAGCCCACCUCAACCAGAGUUACUAGUUGAGCCAAAUGUAACCAUACCAUAGUUACUGUUACUAGGUACUACUGUCUGUUUCAUGGUAAGGAACAAUAGUCUAACCAGUGUAACUCCUCUCCUCUCCUCUCCUCUCCUCUCCUCUCCUCUCCUCUCCUCUCCUCUCCUCUCCUCUCCUCUCCUCUCCUCUCCUCUCCUCACCUCUCCUCUCCUCUCCUCUCCUCUCCUCUCCUCUCCUCUCCUCUCCUCUCCUCAUCUUCUCCCCUUCAAGAGCUGUAAUGACGUGGUGCUGGAGAGAUUUGGGUCAGAGCUGAAAUACGACACAGCCCUGCAUCUGGCUGCCCUGCAGAUGUACAUCCUCACCAUCAACACCAAACAGUCCCAGAAAGUCUCCCUCAAGUACAUUGAGUGAGUAGCUUGUGUUUCACACUGCUGCCCCACCACCAAGUCAACAGGGAACAGAUCCGAUGUCGGUUCUGGUCCCUUAAAGUUCACACAUGGCACUUCCUCACAUGUUCAAUCCAGCAACACAUUGUUAUGAGAUCUUUUGACACCCUCACAACAUUAGACUCUCAACACUUACUCGGUGACUUGUGAAUAAUCUGGAGAAAAAAAAUCCUUAUCUGGCUUGGGUGUCUUCAUGAACAAAUUACAUCCCUGACAGAUACAGUAAUGAUUUUCCCACUGAUUGGUGCGUCGUAAAUACCACAGGUAAUUACUAUGCAUAUUGAUUAUAAUCGACUACCUGUUGGCCAAUCAAUGCACCCCCUCUUUAUGAUUGAUUUUCACUGGAAAAUGCAUUCUGCUGUUGUACAUUAAAUCUGUGUUACCAUGGUUUCUUGCUCUCCAGGAAGGAGUGGGGUUUGGCACUGUUCCUCCCUCCUGCAGUACUGUCCAGUAUGAAAGAGAAGAACAUCAAGAAAGCCCUAACACACAUUCUCAAAACCAACCAGAAUCUGGUAACUCCUGGAAAAAAGGUAGAGUACCUUUAUUAUCUCUCUCCUGUCUCUUCUUCUCCCUCUCUCUCCUGUCUCUUCUUCUCCCUCUCUCUCUCUCUCCCUCUCUCCCUCUCUCUCCUAUCUUCUCUUCUUCUCUCUCUCUCUCCUGUCUUCUCUUCUCUCUCUCUCCUGUCUCCUCUUAUCCCCCUCUUCUCCAGCUCACUCUUAACGCACCACCUAGGGGAAUACUCAACCAGAAUUGUGAAUAUUUUCUGAUUUGUCAUGCUCUCAUACAUUUCCCACGGUUAGAUAAUGUAAUGCGUCACUGUGACCAAUCACAGCGCCACUUUCUUUGUAAAAUAAAUCGUCUGUGCACAUUCAUACAACGUCAAUAGCCUAAAUUGCUCAUGUUCUCUUUCAGCUGUCAGCAUUGCAGGCCAAGGUCCACUAUCUGAAGUAUCUCAGUGACCUGAGACUGUAUGGAGGGCGGGUGUUUAAAUCUAUACUGCUGGUAAAUAACUACCUCUUCUUUUCUGAACUUUUGAGUAACGACACAUCAAAUAUCAGAAUAUCAUAUCUCAUAAUAAGUUAUUAAUGGAGUCUGUGUAUUCAGGGGUGGACUGGCCAUCUGGCAUUUCGGGCAAAUGCCAGAUGGGCUGGUCCAUUUUUAGCCCAGUGGGCCUGUUUAACUUUUUUUUUUGCAGAAAAUGAUCAUUUUCUGGCUAAUAAUGGGUGCCUUAAGGGAAAAAUGGGCCGGUGUGGGAGCCUCAAGAGAAAAAAAAAAGGUCCUGUGUGUUUGAAAUGCCAGGGCCGAUUUGUGUUCCCAGUCCGCCCCGUGUGUAUUGCCUUUAAAUGGUUUCCCUUCUGCUUUAUGCCCACAGCAAGGAGAGAAGCACACAGAGGUGACUCUACUAGUGGGUCCCAGGUAUGGCAUCAGUCAUGUGAUCAACACCAAGACUAACCUGGUGGCCCUGCUGGCUGACUUCAGCCACGUCAACCGCAUCGAGAUGUACACAGAGGAGGAGAAAGAAGUCAGAGUAGAGCUUCAUGUUCUGGAUGUCAAGGUAAAAUCUAUCUUCUAAAUGGACUCAUUCUAAAUGUGGUAUUUUUUCCCCCCGUUAAUCAUAUCACAUUGAACUUUUACCAGUUGAAUAUGGAUACAUUUAAAAUACUUUUUUUGUGUUCAGCUUUUUCUGAAAUAUUUUAUAAAAAUACGCAAAUUAGGCGAUAUCUCAUUAAAUAUGUGCAUAUUUGCAUACCACACAAAUUCAUGUUUCUGGACACUGGAUGAAGUCAGCUCAAACAUUUUAGUUUCAUUUUGUUAAGACACUCUAAGGAUAACCGCACAGAGCAUGGUGUGAAUGCAGAUGCUUCUGAAGCUGAGAGAAAUGAGUUGGCAUGUGAGAAAAGUCUGACUUUCAGGAAAUGACAGUUAAAGACAAGUACACUGAAUUUAGACUACCAAACGCCAAAAGCCUGUUUAGACCCAAUCACCAUCUCUUCAAGGCGAAGGUCGAGAGCCAUGCGUCCUCCGAAACAUGACCCUGCCAAGCCGCACUGCUUCUUGACACACUGCUCGCUUAACCCGGAAGCCAGCCGCACCAAUGUGUUGGAGGAAACACCGUCCAACUGGAGACCGUGUCAGCGUGCAUGCGCCCGGCCCGCCACAGGAGUCGCUAGAGCACGAUGGGACAAGGACAUCCCGGCCGGCCAAACCCUCCCCUAACCCAGACGACGCUGGGCCAAUUGUGCGCCGCCUCAUGGGUCUCCCGGUCGCGGCCGGCUGCGACACAGCCUGGGAUCGAACCUGGAUCUGUAGUGAUGCAUCUAGAGCUGCGAUGCAGUGCCUUAGACUGCUGCGCCACUCGGGAGUCCCACCAAAGUAAGUUAUUAAAUGUAGUCCACUUUGUAACAUUCUCUAUGAACUGGACUUAAAACCUCUUAGAUGUAAAGUCCCGUUUUUAGGGGACAUGCGUGGUUCUGGUACCGGUUCCGUCCAACAUGUUCGCUUAUAAAUCGAUCUGUGGAUUCCCGUAGAUGGAAAUGGCUUGCAUGUCCUGGUUCCCACGGACACACUAGUAUGAGCCUUGUGUGACCUACUGUAGGAUGUGAAAUCUGAAACCACUUGAAGCUGGGAUGUCCCUCCUACCAUUUCAUUCGCUCUUCCGACUGUCCAUCAACUCCUGGCUGAACCCUGCUAUACAUCACAAAGCACAUGCCUGCAAUGGUUACACCGUAGCACAUUCAGAGAUCGAUUUAUAGCCAUUCAUCUAAAAUAAUUCAUAGAUUUGAAACAAAAAACACUUUCUGUUUUUCGUAGAUGGGUGUGAAAUGAAAGGCGAGCUCCUAACGAGUUCAGGAAGCCAAGCUACAGCCCUGUGAGACGGUCACAGGCAAGGGGGCAGACAUUUUGAUCAAGGGAGACCUUUAGAAAAUAUGCACAUUUUCUCUAACACUAAACAUACUAAUAUGUAUUUUACAGUUAUAAGGAAGGUGAAAUAUUAUAGUUAGUCAAUUUAUCAUUUGAUUAUGCUAUAUUUAGAAAGCAUAUAAGUAAUUUCAAGCCUUAUUCAUACAGUUUUGUUGAAUAGGAAAUACAUAAUAUGGACUGCCCACUCCAUGAUCUCGCCAUCACGGUUGACAACUCCAUUGUGUCCUCCUCCCAGAGUGCAAAGAACCUUGGCGUGACCCUGGACAACACCCUGUUGUUCUCCGCUAACAUCAAAGUGGCGACCCGAUCCUGCAGGUUCAUGCUCUACAACAUUCGCAGAGUGCGACCCUUCCUUACACAGAAAGCGGCACAAGUCCUAAUCCAGGCACUUGUCAUCUCCCGUCUGGAUUACUGCAACUCGCUGUUGGCUGGGCUCCCUGCCUGUGCCAUUAAACCCCUACAACUUAUCCAGAACGCUGCAGCCCGUCUGGUGUUCAACCUUCCCAAGUUCUCUCAUGUCACCCCGCUCCUCCGCACACUCCACUGGCUUCCAGUUGAGGCUCACAUCUACUACAAGACCAUGGUGCUUGCCUACGGAGCUGUGAGGGGAACGGCACCUCCUUACCUUCAGGCUCUGAUCAGUCCCUACACCCAAACGAGGGCACUACGUUCAUCCACCUCUGGCCUGCUAGCCCCCCUACCUCUACGGAAGCACAGUUCCCGCUCAGCCCAGUCAAAGCUAUUCGCUGCUCUGGCACCCCAAUGGUGGAACAAGCUCCCCCAUGACGCCAGAACAGCGGAGUCACUGACCACCUUCCGGAGACACUUGAAACCCUGGAAUAGUAUAAAGUAAUCCUUCUUCCCCCACCCCCCAUUUAAAAAAAAAAGGACCAAAAAAAUAGUACAAAAAAAAAAGUUUAAUGCACCAUUUUGUAAGUCGCUCUGGAUAAGAGCGUCUGCUAAAUGAUGUAAAUGUAAAUAAUAUAAAAUAUUUCAUAUUUUCAUAUUUUAAUCAUAUUUGUACUGUGUACUUGAGCUUGUGUCCCCAAAUGUGAUUACACCUCAGGAAUGUGUAACUAUUUUAACCAGAAAGGUGAGAUUUUCCCCUUUCUUUGAGUAUGCAGCAUUACUAGUUAUUGUUUAUGGUAAAUUAGAAUUGUCUCAUGAUAAAUAAUUACCUUUGGGGAUUACAUUUUUUAAAUGAAGUGUCAUUACCUGUAGUGAGCUUUGAAAUUAUGGAUUUAUGUCCAUUUUAAUAUGGUUCAAAUUCCUGAAAAUGAUAAACAAAAUAAAAUAUAUAUCUACAUCAAGUUUUAGAAAUGUUAUGUUUACCUUUUAAAGUACUAAUAUUAAAGGACCAAAAUACCCCAAAAAUCUCAGAACUGAUAAGUUGAUGCAACAAAAAAAAUUUCAGCCUGCGGUGCCUCGCCUUAAUAAGCAACAAAAUCAUAUCCAGUAAUAAUAUUGAGCAAAGAAAUUAAUGCUCAAUGAGAACCAUUAGAAUAACACUAAGCCUUGACAUUACUUCAUCUGACGGUCUAUUUCCAUUUUGUGUGUGUUCAUUGUCGUCCUCUUAUCUCCCUGUUCUCCAGCCCAUCACUCUGCUAAUGGAGUCCACUGAUGCGAUGAAUCUGGCCUGUCUGACUGCUGGAUACUACAGACUACUGGUGGACUCUCGCCGUUCCAUCUUCAACGUGUUCAAAACAGGGAAUGCAGACACCGGUGAGUCUAGACUCUGUACAGUUCCAUCUACAACGUGGUCAAAACAGGGAAUGUAAACACCGGUGAGUCUCUAGACUCUAUAUAGUUCAAAAGUCUGCUAUUGCAGAAACCUGAUUAUCAACCCCUGGUUUGGUUCCUGUCCUCAGGCCAUGACUCCAGAGUAAAGCAGAAAUACCAGGCCAUAGAGUUGACGUACAGCACCUCCUUUAGGGGAUGUGAGGAGCACCAGCACCACAACAGUCAGAGCUGCACCAGAGAGCCCUGCACCAACAGAGACUCAGACUACAUGGACCCCGUCUAUAUCACUGAGAUCCAGCAGCCGCCCCAGUACAGCAUGCACAUGGCAGAGAGGGUGAAUGCCAGAGGGGGGACCAGAGGCCCAACUCAUCCCCAGCCCUGCCUCUGUGUCCCCAGUGUCCCCAGUGUCACCAGGCCCAAACCCCAGGACUCCCCCCACAGCGCCAAGGUCUCCUUCAUCUUCGGGGAUCCUCCGUUAGACAGUGUGGACCCCCAGAACCUGGGCUACCAGAGGCUGAUGGAGGAGGCCCCAGAGGUUCUACACGACCACAGCCCCGUGUAUGAGCGACUAGAGGAGGACUGCAAGGGCAGGGAUCACAUGGCGAUGGACGGGGAGGGAUAUCCGUACGCCGCAAAAAUCUUCGGCAACACUGAGUGCAGCGAGGAGCCGCUGCUGCACGACAUCUGCUACGCGGACAUCACAGACGCGGACGAAGACGAGGAGGACGUCAGCUGCGAGGAGGACGUGGGACCGACGGGGGAUCUGGACAGGGCUACGUUCCUCUCGCUCUCUGGGUCCAGCGAUGACAUCAUCGACCUGACCUCCCUGCCCCCGCCAUCGGAGGACGACAAGGAUGCCGAGGACGUGUUCCUUCGCUCCCUCAACCUGGCCAUCGCAGCCCCGCCCCCAGGCUUCAGGGACCGCUCUGAUGAGGACGAGAGGCACGGGGCUGCCCAGGGGCCUGUCAGGAAGAGCCAGGGGACCCGUGAUGAUAUCCCAGCGUCCCUCAUAGACUCAGUCACCACACAGGGGGAGGAGGGCCCAGAAGGGGACGGGGCCCUGGACGAUGCUGUGGUGUCCACCUUACAGGCCCUGGAGGCCCUCGCAGCUUCCGAGGAGCAAAGCCCAAAACCACAGUCAGAAAAUAGCACAGGUUCUUCUUCUUACACUGUUGUAACAUUUAUUAAUUAACACCACGCAAAUUAUCCAGACAUUAACGUUUUGAUUUGUUGUUGUUGAUUUUUCAAUAAAAACCCAUUUUGUUCUAUGUUUCCAUUUUGUGUGUGUAUUGUUUCAUUAGUUUUGAAUGUAAAUCAUUUGCUGUGUCACACUCAUUUUGUCUCCAGAGAUUUUUUGUUGUUGUUUUGUGUAUCAUUUUGUUUGUUUUAUAAUUUAUGAACAAUGCACAAAUGCAUUUCAACUCACAACUUUCAUACUUUUUGUACCAAUUAAAUAUGUGCUAUUUUAUAAUAUCUCUCAGGUGCCUCAGGUGAAGUUGUUAAUAAAAUGUCUGUCUCUCUGUGGCACACAGGUGUAGAAAUAUCAAGGGCAUUUAGCCCCGAGUCCUCGUCAGACUCUGGCAACGAGACUAACUCCUCAGAGAUGACAGAGAGCUCAGAGCUGGUCGCUGCCCAGAAACUCUCUGAAACCCACCUGAGACUGUAUGUGGCCACUGCUGAGGGCUACCACACUCUGACUGAGGAGAAAACAGAGUUUCCCGUAACACAGUAUGAGGACGGGGCGGACCUGGGCAUACAGCACAACCCUCAGGAGACCCAGGGGGAGGAGGAGGAGUUGGAGGAGGAAUUGGAGGAGAAGAAGGAGGAGGGGGCCAAGUCCUUGGGUGUGUCAUCCACCCAGAUCCUACACUCAGAAGGGGGAGAGAUGGAGCCAGAGACCAUUGAGACCAAGUCCCUCACCGACUACUUCAGCAAACUGCACAUGGGCUCUUUGAUGAGCAAGCAGCCAGGGAAGCAGAGUGACCCUGAGGGCAGGAUUCAGGGAGAGACCAGUGACUCAACAGAAAAACGGAACAGCAACGUCCAGAUCUCAAAUAGAGGGGAGCCACCCAAAUAUAACGCUAUUGUAAGGGAAUCUCCAUACAUGAACCAAUUCGAGUUGGGGCGAACGCCGUAUCCGUAUCGAGAGAAGCCCCCAAGAUAUCACCGGCCGCCUGAAAACAAAGGGGCCAACAAUCUCUCCCCAGACUGUGUGAGUGACUCACACGCCUCCCACUCUGACAGGGCAACAAUUAAAGGAGACAAGCAGGACUGGGAUGAAAGGAGCCAGCAGUUAGACGCUCAUUCACACUCCCCUGCCAAAGACCCCCACAGUACCCAGGAAGCCAAUUUACCCAGCAGCGACCGGCAGCAGACGAGGAUCCCAUCAGCCGAGCAGGAUGUCACACGGCUAUAUGAGUACCACCUGAGUGAGCACAUGCCAUUGUUACAGAGCAACGAGGGUGUUGACUCCCUGCAGAGCUCCCAGUGCUCCUCCAUAGACGCUGGUUGCAGUACAGGAAGCAGCAGAUGUGUCACGCCCAUGGACUCUCCCCUCUGCACUGGAGAAAACACGCAUCUACUGUCGGAGUCUUCCCUUAAGGGAAUGGGCUAUAUGAGUUGGGAGGAGAAGGGCUAUGGCAGCCAAAGCCAGGGGACACAGCAAGGCAAGGCUAGACAUCAGACCAUGGACCCCACCCUGCUGAGGAAGAUCCACGCAGCCACCAGUGCCGAGCCUGGGUUCGGUACCAUGCGGGGAGAUGGCUGCCACCGGAUGCUGAAGAUAAAAGAAACCACAGGUAAAUAAAUAAGUCGUUUCCUAUGACGUCUGUGUGCUUACAGCUCUUAUUCCAGUCUUAUUCCAACCUCAUAGUGUGGAAAUAUAUAUAUAAAACACAGGAUGUUUAAGUGGAAGUGGGAAACACAAUUCUAGGAGGAAAGUGUGGCUGUUGAUAAAUAAUUCACUUUUGGGGAUUAGGAUGACAGGGUACUAUUAUCCAUUCAGGCAGAAAGACAGUAACAAGAAUGUCACUGGCAUUUAUACAAUAAUACAAUGCAAACAUGAGUAGCACAGGAGGCUGCUGAGGGGAGGACGGCUCAUAAUAAUGUCCGAAACGGAGCGAAUGGAAUUGCACCAAACACCUGGGAACCAUGUGUUUGAUGUAUUUGAUACCAUUCCACCGAUUCCGCUCCAGCCAUUAACAUGAGCCCGUCAUCGCUAGUUAAGGAGCCACCGACCUCCUGUGAUGUGUAGAGGAUUGGUGUAAGAUGUAAUAAUAUUGCUGUGUGUGAGCCCUUCUAAGUACAUUAUGCAACACUUGCUGCAGGGAGAGUUUGUCAAAGUGCUGAAAUGCACCUCUGUUCUAUUUUACACCACUCUCUUGAAAUCAAGCUAUGUUAUGAAAGCAUCAUUAGAUAAAACUCUUACAAAAAAAAGUCCUCUAAUGAAAACAGGAAAGGGUGAUGAGUGAUCAAAGCAAUGCACCAUGUUGUCAGGGAGAUGCUUAAUGAUUAUCUUUGUAUUUCUGCUCCCCGUAGUGUAGCUUGCACACAGCUGGAGACGGCUGCAGGGAAAGACUCCUCCUCAGCUCUCUCCAACGAGGUCAACGCCGCCGCCACCACCACCUCACCACCUCACCACCGUCAUUCACCAGUAGCAGCAGCACGGAGUCCAGUGUGCCCAGUGUGCCAAAGCAGCAGGGGUGCCACAAUCCUGAGACCCUCCCGCACCGCACCCAGGCAUUCCCCUCAAGCUUACAACCAUGUGACCGUAUCACAGGCAGCCUCAGGUUGUCGGAUGCUGAGGAUUUGCUGGAGCAGCCUCAUGCCGGGCUCUGGGAGCCUCGAAGCGCUGCUGGAGAAAGCAAAAGCCACUCUGAGCGGGAGGAGCGGGAGGAGCGCCCAGAGUCCAGUCACCUGACGACCCCACCAAGCCACAGAGGAGAUCUGCUCUGAGCGGGAGGAGCGCCCAGAGUCCAGUCACCUGACGACCCCACCAAGCCACAGAGGAGAUCUGCUCUGAGCGGGAGGAGCGCCCAGAGUCCAGUCACCUGACGACCCCACCAAGCCACAGAGGAGAUCUGCUCUGAGCGGGAGGAGCGCCCAGAGUCCAGUCACCUGACGACCCCACCAAGCCACAGAGGAGAUCUGCUUUUUCCAAGACACUUUCCAUGAGCUUGUCCUUGUCUCAUGGUUCAGUAUUGGUCCGUUAGAACGGUUAGCGCUCAGUCCUCUGGCAGGAGGCUCAUCAGAGGUGCCUCCAUCAUGCUGCCAGCAUCAUGGGAUGCCAAGCAGCUCUGAGCCAUGCCACUACCCAGACUGGACAGUAGGAGGUGGUGGAGGUGCCUGGAGGAGGUGCCACGGGCCCUUCACUCACUGCUUCCCCAAGAGGAAGACCAACAUGGAUGGGGACGAUGUAGAUGAAGGUGGAGAAAAAAAAAACACCCCCCCCCAGCCGUUCUCUGGGGGUCGAAGGGCCCAGUCACGCCCUACCAACACAAGUGUUGAGGCAGAGAACACAAUCUCUCUAUACGCCUCUGGAGCUGAACCCUUCGCUGUGGCUGAACAGCUCAACAUGGCCAAUGGUGUGACUGUGAGUGACAUGAGUCUGGGAGCUAAGCUGGCCCAUGGGAACUCAUUGGAGGGAAGACCUACAGCCUCCCCAAUGGGGUCCCAGACACACAGAGAGAUGCCCUUUAGAUAA